GAGGUGGCUGUUAUCUAUGUGGUCGUGUCCGUGGGUGUCGUGGCCUGCUUGCUCCUGGCCUUCCUCUGGAGCUACACAUCCCCCAUCGCUGGGAGACCCCACAGCACCGCCUUCCUGAUCCUCACCUUCUUCCUGGCCCUGGUGGACUGCACCUCCUCCGUCAUCUUCAUGAUGCAGCUCCAGCACCAGUACCUGACCACCUUCUUCAUCGGUGAAGGGCUCAGCGGGCUGAUCCCUGCUCUCAUCGCCCUGGGCCAGGGCUCUGGCAUCUCCAGCUGUGCCAACAUCACUCGUGUGGUCAACAUCACCACCGACAAUGAGACUGUGGAGAGCACCAUCUUCCAGCUGGAGACCCGCUACCUACCUCCAAAGGAUGCCAGGAGGCCCAGGGACAUCCUGCCAGAGAAGGUCUCCUACCCCCUGGCCAAGCUCACCUUUAUCUACCUCCUCAUCGCUUGGGUGAGCGCUCUGACCAACGGGGUCCUGCCCUCGGUGCAGUCCUACUCCUGCCUGCCCUACGGCAACACCGCCUACCACCUCGCGGCCACGCUCAGCUCCAUGGCCAACCCUCUCGCCUGUGUCGUGGCCAUGGUCCUGCCUGGCAGGUCCCUGGCCUUGCUGGGCACCCUCACCAUGGCAGGGAUGGGCUUUGGUGCCUACAACAUGGCCAUCGCGGUGAUGAGUCCCUGCCCGCUGCUCCAGCAGUCCCAGUGGGGUGAUGCCACCAUC